AUGAUAGCCGAUGAUGGUCGCUGCACCUACGUUCUGCCGAAGAAGAAGCGCCGUUGUCGGAUGCUCGUCAAGUCCGGAAAGUUGUUCUGUGGCGAGCACGCCAUCUUCGACGUUCAGAACGAGGUUCGAGUCUCCAUUUCAAGGCUGAAUCAUCAAAAAGGUUUUCAUUGGAAAGUAUAAACUAAAUUGAAAAUUUUUUAUAUAAGUUCAAGCUACAUAUUUCGGCUGAUUUUUUCUGAUUAGUUUUCUUUCUUCAGGACCGCAUACCUUGCCCCAUCGACACGAAACACACAGUGUUGAAAAGCGAGCUAGAAGCUCAUUUGAAGCGUUGCAACGCGAGAAUCGGCGCUGAAGAAUGGAUAGAUCCGGAUUCCAACGCCAUCAAAGGAGAGACGAGACAUAACGAAAAGAUUGAUCGGCGUCCUUCUGAGGUUUCGAACAAGCCAAACUAUUCGGAAAACUUUUUUGAAUCAGGAAGAAAUACUGGAAAUUGUUGAAAAGGUGUGGACAUGCUAUGAAGAUUUUGUCCAGUCUCGAUUGGUUGUUUCUCAGAAGACUCAUUCGCUCGUUGAGGUUCUUUUUUCUAUUGGCGUAAACUCUCAAAAAAUCAUUCUUCAGAAAUUUCUUGAAGAAAAUCCCGAACUCGGUCAAGCUAAGCGAAAACAUUUGGUACAGAUCAGUUCCAUAGUGGGUUGGUUUUUUUUUUACUUUAGAUUUAAUACACGUUGUUGUAUUUGUUGUUUGAAGGUCAUUUGCUUGAGAACAACCUCUUACCAACGGAACCAUCGACGUGUAUGUUCGAACUCGGAGCUGGAAAAGUAGGUUUUCUUUUUUGAUAAACUAUCUUUAUCAAGAUUCCUAGGCACAACUCGCUUAUUGGAUCGCCAAAGCUGCUCCAGAAGGCUCCUACUUGUUGAUGGACCGCAGUGGGGCGAGGAACAAGUGGGAUAAUCGCGCCCUCUCAGUAAGUUUUCAAAAUAACUUUUAUGGUGAAGUUUUUUAAGGAAACCCCGGAGCUCAGAAUGAAACGACUACGUUGCUCCAUUGAACACUUGGACCUCAGAAAAGUCGAUUGGCUCCAAGUUUCUUUCCAUAUCUUCCAAGUUUUAUAAGUUUUAUGUUUCAGGACGCCGAGAAGCUGUUCGCCGUGUGCAAACAUUUCUGCGGCAGUGCCACCGAUGCCGGUAUCCGGUGUCUUCUCAACGCUUCUUCCAGUAAUUCUUCAAUCCACUCCAUAUACUACUUUGCAGUUCUCUUUUGACAAGGGCCAAAGUUUUUCUUCAAAAUAUAAAAAAAGAUCUUACUACUGAAUGGCCUAGUUCAAGGAAAUAUUCAAAAAUUUUGCUUUAUUCUUGUUUCAGAAGGGAUUCGCUUCGACUCAGCGUUACUUGUUCCUUGCUGCCAUCAUAAAUCUCGCUAUGAUGAGGUUUUGAUUUUGUGAAAAUUACCAUUCCCUAUCAUUUUUCAGUAUAUUGGAAGAGAGUUUCUGGGAAAUUGGCAGUUGGACAGUUUGGAAGCUUUUUCAGCCUUGAGGUACAUCGCUUCCUUUGCUACAAAUGGAGCGGAUUUACGUUGUUCUGAAGCGAGAGAAAUCGGCCAAUCGACAUGGUAAUAACCUUCAAAAAAAACUGUCACAAAGGCAGUAAGGUUUUUUAGUGUUAAAGUUUCCUUCAAUAAAAAAACAGCCUUCAUGUUUUCAAUUUUUUCCCUCCAAUCGCAGGAAAUAAUGUGAGAAAUUGUUCUGUUCCUAAAAGUUCUGCUGGCAAAUAUGUUUGACGGAAAACAUUGAAAAGUGGAAAUAUUCCUUUUUUGAAGGCGCGACCGCUAUCCUCCUACGGAGUUGGGACGUCGGGCCAAAGCAAUUCUGGAGAUGGGACGAGCGGAAUGGCUGAGAAGCGUCGGAUACGAAACCACCGUUAUUGAAUACGUCCCAGCCCGUGUUUCUCCGGAAAACUUGUUGAUCCUCGCCAAAAGAUCUUCUUAA